CUUUGUGUUGCACGUUAUUCACGAAUAGCUCAUCCAUGCCCUCACAAAUCCUGCAGGAUUCUUUGGGUUUUCUAUCUAGGACAGUAAAGAAUAAAACUGAAGACAGAAUAAUUCCCAGCCAGGAGCAGAAACUCAGAUGUCUGACUGAAAAGACUAAAUACAAGAACAGGAAACAGGCAAGAUGGUUGGAGAUGACGGCCUGAACAGCUGAGCUACUUCAAUGGAGUGGGCUGAACUGCCGUUCUGUCCAGAUCCACAACCUCAACCAAAACUGAGACGCAGCCGUCGGCUGAUCUGCUCAUCAUCAUCAUCAGUCCUCCUCUACUUGAUUGGUGCCUUUGCUGGGCUUUGUAAUGCUGGCCCAUCUCAACCUGCCCGUCCACCUCUCCUAUCUGGACAACCUUUUAUUAUCUUCUGGGGCAUCAGAGACUCUUCCUGCGCUGACAGAAUAAAUCCCACCUCUUUCAGUAUGGAACGUGAGGGGAGAGUAGCUGUGUUUUAUGAAAAUACAUUGGGUAACUAUCCGUACUUUGUAGACAAAAACACACCAGUUAAUAGAGGGCUUCCACAGCACACACGCUUGGACAGCCAUGUCCAGAAGACACAGCAAGACUUGGAAGCAGCUUUACCAGCCCCUAGGUAUCUUGGACUGGGGGUGCUGCGCUGGGCAGAGUGGGUACCCCAGUGGUCCAGGAACCAAGAGAAACAAGCAAUGUACCAGGAGGCAUCAAGGAAACUGAUGAAGACUUUUUUCCCAAACUGGACUCCAGAAGAAGUGGAGAAGUGGUCACGGGUGGACUUUGAGGCUGCAGCCCAGUCAGUCAUGGUGGAGACUCUACGGGAGGUCAAAAGGUUGAGGCCCAAAGCAUUGUGGGGGUUUUCCUCUUACCCCAGCUGUUGCAACGGUGAUCCCACUCAAACGCCAUUAACCAAUUACAGUGGCCAGUGCCCUCCUGCAGAGAUGGCCCUUAAUGAUGAGCUUAUGUGGCUAUGGAAACGAAGCUCGGCUCUCUACCCCCUCCUGACCCUGGAAAAGUUACAGGCUGGGACUCUUGGAGUGAGGAUCUAUUUAUCAGGUCAAAUAAAAGAAGCACUAAGAGUAGGAUCUCUGGCUGGAGCAGAGUUUGGUCUGCCAGUAUUUCCUUUAGUAAAGAGUGUGUAUGCCUCAACAAGGACGUUCUUAUCACAGGGUGACCUGGUCAACACGAUAGGAGAAAGUGCUGCCAUGGGAACAGCAGGCGUUGUGAUCUUGGACAGAAGUGAGACAAAGACAGAGAGAGAAUGCCAAGGCCUGGCAGAGUUUGUCCGUAAAGUCCUGGGACCUUACUCCGUCAACGUUACCAAGGCAACUCAGCUCUGCUCAACCUCUCUUUGCCAGGGAAAGGGUCGAUGUGUUCGUCAAAAUCCAGACAGCUCUGCUUAUCUCCAUCUCCCACCCCAAUCUACGGCAGUACAGAAGGUCAAGGCCACAGCUCAGCCAGACACAGUCAGUAAAACAGCAGAACCAGACCCAGCUGAGAUCUGGAAAAAAGACUUCCAAUGUCAGUGGUACAAGACAGAUGAUGGGGAAGUCUCUGAUCAGCAAUCGCCCAAAGAUGGAGCUCCGUAUGGAGGAAAAGCAAAGGGAAACACUGAAGGCAUGGUGGAGACUACAAUAAAAAGUGCCACUGAGAAUACCCUUACUGGAAGUGAUUUACCUGCUACUGGAAGUGCAACUGCUUUACUGAACUUACCUGCAAACGGUGGUACCAAUCCAGUGAAUGCCCCGAGCCUUUACAUUCUGCUGCUGGGGGCUGUAAGCUCAAGACUGGGACCUUAAAGUAAAAGCUAACAGAGUUCACCUGGGAGGUUUGUAUUAUAACUGCACUCCUCUGAAGUGCCCUUUAAAAAGAUACAAUUCCUGAUUGUUGGUUUAUAUUUCUUUAUAGAUGAGUGUCAUCCUCCUCUAUUUUUAUGUUUUUCAAAAAAAGAAUAAAUUAUUUAUGUAUGCAUUAAUAAAUUAUGUUCAGAGAUGGAAUUUCAAACACAUCAAUGGAUUACAUACCAAAAGCUACAAUCCCUAAC